UAGGUGGGGAAGAUGUCGACGAUCGAAAGGAAGGAGUACCAGGAAACGAAAAUCCUGCGAUCUGUCUCUCCUGUGCGCAACACACGAAGUUCGACUCAAAACUUGUCACAAUUCGACAGUAAUUUAGAUUACUUAUUAGAAGACUUACAAAACUCCGUUUCUCGACCCGGAAGUUCUCUAGGCCACAAUACAGGUACAUAUAGAGAGAACUCACGAUCUGCGCAUACUUUAGAUUCAGGACCCAGGAGCAACUCUCUGAACAGAAUAACUAAUGUCAAAUCCUCGAACCCAGUUACGGAAUACUCUUCUGAUGAUGCCUACAAUUACUCGUCUCCGGAUGGCAGACAACACGUAACUGGAUAUAAGAAGGAAAAGUAUAUGUAUAAAACCUCAUCUUCUGGUGAUGCUCUUCCAGAAAAAACACGAAUGCAAAACAGUAUUAAUCAGUUGGAUUCCCUUCUCGAUGACUUGCAACAAGUAAAAAAAUCUUCUUUCUCGGAAAAUGAAUCCUAUAAUAGCAUUGGCUCAGAUCCAGCUUUUCA